AGCCACUUUGGCCCGAGGCGCCUUGCCGUCCCUUCACGCGGGGGCGCCGGGUGGCGGAGAGGUGGGAGCCAUGCCCACCUCCAAGCCCACCAACAUCGAUGCCCAGCGGAUCCUCGCCAUCAUGGACGAGCUGAAGGAGAAGCUCACCUACCUCUCCGUGGCCACCCCGCAGGUGCUGAGCGGCCUGCAGGGCGAGGAGGGGCAGGCCACCGUGGAGCUGCUGGGGACAGACCUGAUGAAGCAGUUCACGGAGCAGACCAGGCUGGAGGACCAGUACGUGCAGUUCUCCGAGAGAGAGGGCGCGCUCCCCAGCGACGAGAACGAGGAGAUCCGCGAGGACGCCAAGAUGCUCCAGAAGUGCACCCUCGAGCUCUGCAGAAAGAUGAAGGCCGUACCCAACAUCAACAUUGUGCAGGAGCUGCGCAACUUUCAGGACGUGAGGCCGACCCAGGUCAUCCAGUUCCUGAAGACCCUCGCGGACAUGCAGGACCUGACGCUCAAGCGCCUCACCACCACCGUGGAGGAGGAGCGCAGCCGUCAGGACCUGCUGGAGAACUACAGGACGAGGGAGAAGGAGGCGACGCUGCGCAAGCAGCAGCUCGAGAGGGACCUCCAGCACAUGCGGAAGGAGUGCGAAAAGGCUCAGUCGAAGCGGCAGGAGAUCCUGACGAAGCUGAAGGCCGACAGGUACGAGGUGCAGGACAACCAGCGCAAGCGCAUGGAGGAGCUGCGGAGCAGGUACGAGAUCAGGAUGAAGGAGCAUCAGGACGCGUUCACUCACAAGAAGGACGAAAUGGAGAAGAAGAUAAGCGAGCUGAGAGAUAAAAACAACAAGCUCAAGGCGAACUCCGAGGUCGAGGAAAACGAACGGCAGAAGAACGCGAGGAGGUUCGAGAGGGAGGUCGGCGACAAGAUCAAAGAGUAUGACGAGAAGGUCAGGGAGAUCACGCAUGAGAUAGCCGAGACCAGGGAGCUCAAGGACAAGGAGAACAAGAGGCUAGUGGAGCUCGAGGAGCGCUUCUACAAGAUCGACGAAGAGAGGGAGUGCAUCCGACAGGAGGAGAGCAUCGUGGACGCACGCAAGAAAAAGCUGGAGGACGAGAAGCAAAGGCGGAACGAGAUGGCCGCUCUCGUCCAGGCGUACUGGCGGGGCAUCAUCACCCGGGAACAGUAUGCGACGCUGAAGAAGCAAAAGAAGAAGGGGAAGAAGGGCGGUGGCAAAAAGAAGAAGUGAGCCCGCGCUGCCACGUCUUGAAGAAGAACAAGCGCCGUGAACACAAAUUGGUUGGAGCUCCCCGCGAAUCUGGUAUCGGCGCUGGGCCCCCCCUGGCCUCGCCCCUGCCGCGCUCCGCGCGCCAGGGAGAGGGGUCCAGCGCCGAUCCAAGCAAUCCGCGCAGACCUCCGAUUUUUCUGCCCAAACAGUGCCUGCUCGUAACUGGACCCCGGCUGCUGGUUGCACCGCGUCUACUGCAGUGAAUCACUUUUGGGGUUCACGCUGCCUGACAUAUUCAGUUUAUGCAGUUGCUUGUUCCUCUAGCCACGUCCGUCCGCCCGCCUGGCGGGAACCACUGCGCCCAGUUGCCCAGCAGCGCUCGAAGGGCCCGCCGGGGGGCCGCGGUGGAUGCUCGCGGGGACUGCCCGUGCCUUGCCGAAGCUGCCCUCUCG